GUGAUAACUCCAGAAACCUCUUCUCCGCUUAUUGCUUUUCAAUGUUUGUUGCAAGAUUUACACAUGCAGCUUGUAGACCUGGCCUGAAUUGGGCGAAGGAAAUUGGGUUAAAAAGAUAAUGAUCGUUGACUUCAAUUUGACAUAUCCAAGUGGCACUGCAGCUGCUCACCUAAUCAACAGCUUUCAUACUCCUCGAGGAGCCAAAUUAGCCAAGAAGCAUGUGAGAGUGUUGGGUAAAUUCUGCAUUUUUAGUUUCUUAUGGGGUUUCUUUCAAUGGUUCUAUGUAGCUUCUGAUCACUGUGGAUUUCAAGCCUUCCCUUCCCUGGGGCUCAAAGCUUACAAGCACCGCUUUUACUUUGAUUUCUCCACAAUCUACAUUGGAGUGGGAAUGAUUUGCCCACGUAUCAUUAAUAUAUCAAUGCUCUCAGGAGGAAUUCUUUCUUGGGGACUAAUGUGGCCUCUCAUAGAAAACAAAAAGGGUGACUGGUAUCCCGCAGACCUUGAAGUCAGCAGCAUUCGAGGUCUUCAAGGUUACAAGAUAUUCAUAACCAUAUCGAUGAUCCUGGGAGAUGGUUCAUAUAACUUACUCAAAGUGCUAGGCCAUGCCCUCUGUGCCACGUACCAAAAAAUCCGAGGCAAACAAAAAGAGAAUGUUCUUCCUGUUGCAGAUCAGAAUUCUUGUUCAAGUCCUAAUCAAUCUUCUGAUUUCCAACGCCGCACCCAACUCUUUCUCAAAGAUCAAAUCCCCACAUGGUGUGCAGUUGCAGGAUACGUUUCAAUUUCUGCUGUCUCUGUAGCCAUUCUUCCAUACAUCUUUCACCAGCUAAAAUGGUACCACAUGCUGGUUAUCUACCUUCUAGCUCCAACCUUAUCAUUCUGUAAUGCUUAUGGUUGUGGACUAACAGACUGGUCACUUGCAUCCACCUAUGGAAAGCUUGCCAUAUUUAUAAUUGGAGCAUGGGCCGGAGCAUCAAAUGGUGGGGUUCUUGCGGUUCUAGAAGCCUGUGGAGUGAUGAUGAAUAUAGUCUCCACAGCCUCUGACCUCAUGCAGGAUUUCAAAACAGGGUACAUGACCCUGGCUUCUCCACGCUCGAUGUUUGUGAGCCAAAUAAUUGGCACAACAAUGGGUUGUGUAAUCUCUCCUUGUGUCUUUUGGGUGCUUUACAAAGCAUUGGAUGACAUUGGGACUCCUAAAAGUGAAUACCCCACUCCAUAUGCAAUUUUGUACCGGAACAUGGCCAUCGAAGGUGCGGACGGCUUCUCAACUCUGCCAAAGAACUGUCUCCUGCUGUGUUGUGUAUUCUUCGGCUCUGCCAUUCUGAUAAAUUUGACUAAAGAUUUAAUGGGACACAGAGGGUGGUUCAUGCCAUCUCCAACUGCAAUGGCCAUACCUUUCUACAUUGGGCCAUUCUGUGCCAUUGGCAUGUGUGUAGGAAGUCUGAUAUUGUUCGUUUGGCAAAAGGUAAACAAGGCCAAAGCAGAUGCUUUCGGGCCAGCAGUAGCUUCUGGUUUGAUAUGUGGGGACGGAAUAUGGACUCUGCCUGCUUCAAUACUUGCUCUUGCUGGGAUUAAGCCCCCAAUCUGCAUGAAGUUCUUGUCCAGGGCAACAAAUGAAAGGGUUGAUAAGUUUCUAGUUUCCUAGAAGCAAAGUUUGGCUUGGGAUCAACAUCUUAUGCAACAUUGUCUGUCAAUCUGCAGGGCAUCACCUUUCUUAAUUAUGAACUUUGAAUUUAAAGAUAUUACAGGUACCAAUAUAGGUGAAGCAACUAAAACAUGAUGAAUGAAACAAUGUUAUAAAGCAGAUAUAUCAGAGCAUAUGUACACUAGUUUUAGGUUGCACUCUGUGAUUUGGGGUUUCCAGAAGACUUUGAUUUCAAAUUUGCUUUCUCUAAACAUGAUAUAAAUGUCGAUGAAUAUGAUAUUAUUGCUGCGGAUUAGCUUUUGCCUAUC